UUCUCCCUCCCUUGCCCUCCCGAGUGUAAAGUCUCAGGCUUGAGCUCGCCUGCAAUCCAGCUUGCAUCCAGUUUGCUCGCACAAGCCUGCAAAAGCACCUCGUGGUUUGAUGUGGCGAUGGAAAAAAGUGCCCAGGUCUCAAUGUAACGACGCGCGUCGCCUGCGGCGCAUUUGCAACCCUCAUCAGGUUGGGCCCAUCGAAGGGCGGCCAGCUCGGCGAGAGCGGCGGCGGCGGCGCGGGCCAACCGAUCGGCAGCGGGGGGGCAGGCCCGCUUGCCCCUCGGUUGUCGAUCGAGGAUGCCGCCAGGGCGUUCUUGCAGGCGCCACUGCCCCCGAGGGUCGAUCACGUUUCCGUGGAGCGCCCGCUGGUGUUCAUCCACCAGAGGAAAGCUGGCGGCACCUCCCUGAGAGGCAUCAUGGCAGGCGCCGCGAAGACUUUGAGAUUGCCGUACCACAUCAAAUGCCACAACGCAGCCUGUGAUUCUUAUAACUACGGAUCUAGCAGGGUAGCCAUGUAUGGCGGGCACGCGGCCUGGUUGGAGGCGUCUCGCCAUUUCGCGCUGAGUGGCAAAAAUGAUGCAAACGGAAUGUGGACGGAGGGCGUUAAGCAGUUGUCCUGUAUUACGAAUUUUCGGGAAGCCGUGUCGCGCAUUCAGUCAUGUUAUUAUUACCGAUUCUUGAAAUUGGGUGCCCCUCGCUGCCUUGGCGAUAUGGGCGCCGGUGAGAUGUGGCAAUUCUUUCUUGCGGGUCGUUCUCAGUUUGGGUACAGCUGCAUGAAUGAGCCGUUUCGCAUGCUGAGUGGCAUGGUCGAUGAGUCACUAUUCAACUCUGAUACGGAAAGCCAAGGGUGGGAUUUCGCCUUCAAUUCCACACGGAUGAACCUUGCCCACUGCGUCCCAAUUAUAAGCAGUAGCAGUUAUACGCUCGACGUUGUUGCUUCAUGGUUCCCGGACUUGAUUCAUAUCACCCGUUUCAGCAAAGCUCAUGCCAAUAAGGGCCACAAGCCGUGCAAGAUUUCUGAGCGGCAUAUGGAGGUGUUGGCAGAUCUGACGAGGCAUGAACGCAGACUCUACGACCUCGCCGCGCAGAGGGCCAACCAGUUCCUGUCGAGCAUGCCCCACCGCAGCCAUCUCGGCGAGAGCGGCGGCGGCGGCGCGGGCCAACAGAUCAGCAGCAGAGGGGCAGGCCCGCUUGCCCCUCUGUUGUCGAUCGAGGAUGCCGCCAGGGCGUUCUUGCAGGCGCCGCUGCCCCCGAGGGUCGAUCACGUUUCCGUGGAGCGCCCGCUGGUGUUCAUCCACCAGAGGAAAGCUGGCGGCACCUCUCUGAGAGGCAUCAUGGCAGGCGCCGCGAAGACUUUGAGUUUGCCGUGCCACAUCAAAUGCCACAACGCAGCCUGUGAUUCUUAUAGCUACGGAUCUAGCAGGGUAGCCAUGUAUGGCGGGCACGUGGCCUGGUUGGAGGCGUCUCGCCAUUUCGCGCUGAGUGGCAAAAAUGAUGCAAACGGAAUGUGGACGGAGGGCGUUAAGCAGUUGUCCUGUAUUACGAAUUUUCGGGAAGCCGUGUCGCGCAUUCAGUCAUGUUAUGAUUACCGAUUCUUGAAAUUGGGUGCCCCUCGCUGCCUUGGCGAUAUGGGCGCCGAUGAGAUGUGUCAAUUCUUUCUUGCGGGUCGUUCUCAGUUUGGGUACAGCUGCAUGAAUGAGCCGUUUCGCAUGCUGAGUGGCCUGGUCGAUGAGCCACUAUUCAUUUCUGACACGGAAAGCCAAGAGUGGGAUUUCGCCUUCAAUUCCACACUGAUGAACAUUGCCCACUGCGUCUCAAUUAUAAUCAGUAGCAGUUCUACGCUCGACGUUGUUGCUUCAUGGUUCCCGGACUUGAUUAGUAUCACCCGUUAACUCAGCAAAGCUCAUGCCAAUAAGGGCCACAAGCCGUGCAAGAUUUCUGAGCGGCAUCUGGAGGUGUUGGCAGAUCUGACGAGGCAUGAACGCAGACUCUACGACCUCGCCGUGCAGAGGGCCAACCAGUUCCUGUCGAGCAUGCCCCACAGCGGCUGAGGCUGUGGCUCUCUGCUCCUCUUGUGUUUUCCAUUCGUUCCUCUUCCCUCCACGCCUCCUGACCCCCAUCCCCUGGUUUCCAUGCUGGGUUCCACGGAUGUUGACAAAUCACCGAAUAAGCAAAUUCACUUGCCUGGCGAA